UGCUCUCGAUGAUCCUCUUCCUGAAUCCUACACGAGGUGACUCGAAUGCUCUUGUCGACGAUGAAACUCGUAUUGCUUCUUCCAACCUUCGUUCUCGGAUUCCCCACAGAAAAUUGCGUACCGAAAAUGAGGUUGAGGAAAAAUCGAAGUCCAGUUCUGUUGACUACGAUAAGAGCCGAAGACUUCCGGAUGGGCGUCAAAAGUCAAUUAUCUCCCCUGCACUUCCAAUCUCCACUUGUUAGCCACCGUAUGAGCUCUUUAAGUCUGAGAUCCACGCUCCAAGAACGUUCUGACUCCGGUAACGACAAGGCACAGGAAACAAAAGCCUUUUUGCAACUAUGUGAGUUACUUGAUGUCAAACCUGCCGGUUUGCUUCGUUUGGAGCAAUGCAAGAAGAGUGGUAUUCGCGGUGUGUUUGCAAAUCGAUCGCUUUCGAAAGGUGAUAUGAUUAUGUCCAUCUCGCUGAGUUUCUGUCUACGAGAUAACCAGACCCCGUCCUGGAUGAUGGAAAUAGCUGAUGACCUAGGCGGCCUCUGCAAUCCGAGCGCCUGGGCGACACGUUUGGCGGCAAUUUUAUUGGAUCGGCAGCUCGACCGAGAACGGGAUCACGCGACUGCUCUCUGGCUUUCCCUACUACCUGAUCCUGAUCACCUGCGCGCAUCGUUACCCAUUCAUUGGUCAGAAAGCGUCCUCCUGAGUGCCCAAUGCACUGCUUUAGAACUGGCCGUAGACACAGCCUUCUUCCCGCGUGCUCACGCGAUCGAAGUCUUGUUGAAGGCCCUGAAUUCGAUCGACGACGCUAUACAUGCAAUACAACACAUGAACGAAGCUGCGAGACGGAGCUUGUGUGAGAAUGCUUUGGAUAUUGUGCAGACUCGUACCUCUCGGCUUGGCGAGGACGACCGAGGUCUGCCCUUGCGUGUCUUGGCUCCAGUGUUUGACUUUAUCAAUCAUCCCUCAUGUGGUUCAGCCAAUGCUUACUUCGCCUUGGAAGGUGGAGCCUCUCCACAUCUUGUUGUACGUGCCACACGAGAAAUCACGGAUGAUUCGGAAGUGGUGGAAGUGUUUGUCGUCGUAUGGUUUUGUUCCGAAUUACAAGUUGGGUGUCUCCGAGAAGAGGACGCCACACAUCUGGCAGAGGUCUUGAUAGAAGGGUCUCGGUAUCAGGUCGGGCCGACGACUAUCCCGGGGGACAUGGUUGCCGCUUUGGCAAGAAUACUGGAUCCUUCUAUUGAUGAAAAUGCACCACUUCAGCUGACGUCGACCCUUGCAAUCGAAUCGGCUCGGCGCCUUUCAGACGCGGCGUCUCAAUUGAUUGCCGAGCCAACUGAUAGCUCUUCGUUGAACACUAGAAAUAUAUACGAUUGUGAUGAUGUUGAAGAAGUCUGUGUCGCGAACUCUGUUGCCUCGCAGCUUUCGGGCGAGCUCCGAUUACAUCAGCAUAGAGUGCUUAUGGCAUGUUCGUUGGGACUACGUGACUUCGCCACUGCCAACAAUGACACUUGA